GCCGCCACCUGGUCGGCGUACCGCACGGCCUGGACUUCGAGGGAUAGGCGGUGUUGGAGGGGGGAGCCUGAGGGUUCCCCCCGCUCAGCGUGUAGGAGCUCCAGGGCCCGAGGGGGCAUCGCCGUUUCGCAUUUCGCCAGCCAGGUAUGCAACGGUCCUCCGUCGGAGGACAAAUCGCCGUGCCGAGCCGUCCCGCGACCGCGCCCUCCGGCCGUUCCCGUAUUGAGUCUGCUGCGUCCUCUUCCGUGAUUUCCUCUCGGGGCGACCCCGGUCGCCGUCCGACAAGAAUCUGCAACAACUGGUUCUACGGCACCAUCCCAGCCACCAUCUCCAAGCUCACACAGUUAUCGUUUCUAGCCCUCCUCACCAACUACCUCGUCGGUACCAUCCCGCCGCUGCCCGCGACCCUGCAGCACAUCGACGCGUGGUGGGAGUGGCACGGCACUGACCACCCCUUGCUCAUGGCCCUUGCUUGCCGUGUGCUAACUCAGCCGGUGUCCGCAUCCAGCUGCGAGCGCAACUGGGCGGUGUGGGAUACUGUCCACACCGCCCGACGCAACCGGCUGGGUUCAGAAAAGUGCAAGGAUCUGGUUUACGUUGCGCACAACUGGAAGAUCCCUCCUCACCAACUACCUCGUCGAGCCCUCCUCACCAACUACCUCGUCGGUACCAUCCCGCCGCUGCCCGCGACCCUGCAGCACAUCGACGUCCAGAGCAACUUCCUCACGGGCCCCUUCCCCUUCUCCGCGCCCACCCUCUUGUGCUCCAAGAACUGCUUCACUGACAACAUCCCCACCUGCCUCCCCUCUACCCAGCGCCCCGCCGCCGACUGCGCGUUCUGCGGGGGGGCGGGGGCGGCGGGCAUGUGCCGGGGGUAUCUUGAGGGGUGCAUGCCGGACACCACAGGGGUGGUUGGCCCCAAUGUGUGGGCCUCGCCGCUGCUCCCACAGUUCUGUGCAGCGGUCCCGAUUCUCCCUGCUGCUCAGUCUUCUGUGCUGAUGGCGCUCAAGUCGUCGCUCGGUGUGACGGACUCCACCUGGGGGGCCACGGGGAAGUGCACAGGGGAGAAGGCCACCCAGGCCUCCCCCUACUGGUCUGGCGUCAGAUGUGCGGAUGAUGGCUCUGUUGUGAGCAUCGCCCUGCUCAACCGAGGCCUCAAGGGAGCCCUGGACUCCUUCAUCUCCGUCCUCUCCACGCUCACUUCCCUCGACCUGAGUUCCAACCUACUCAAUCAGCCGUUGCACAGCUUCCUCUCGGGCCUCUCUUCCCUCACCUUUCUAAAGCAGCUGCUGCUCGGCUACAACUGGUUCUACGGCUCAAUCCCCGCCACCAUCUCACAGCUCACCAGCCUCACCGGCCUGUCCCUCUUCUCCAACUACCUGACUGGCUCGCUCCCCUCCCUGCCCUCCUCUCUCGUCGCCCUAGACGUUGCCUACAACUUCCUCUCGGGCUCCCUCCCCUCGCUCCUCUUGAACCUCAAGCUCUGUGCCGCCGAGCACAACUGCCUCACCCCCGACGCCAACUCCCCCUGCCGCUUCUUCGGCUACAUCCAGCGCCCCGCAGCAGCGGCAGGUGUGGCAGGGGCGUCUGCCACAGAGCGGUGUGCGGUGUGCGGGAUAGGGACGGAACAUGAGGGGAGUGCGUGCUGGGAUGGGGUGUGCGCCGCGACUGCGAGUCCGACGGUGGUGGCUGGAGGGCCGAAUGGUCCAGCCAAAGCAGUGCUCGAUCUUCAAUGCACUGGCAACACUGAAGCCUCGAUGACUGAUGGCACAGUGGCCGCUCUUCUGAGCCUCAAGUCGGCCCUGGGAGUGACCUCCACAACUUGGAGCAGCGCCUACCCGUGCGCCGUGCUGGGCUCUUCGGGGACCUACUGGAGUGGGAUCGCGUGUGACAACCAGGGCAAUGUGCUGCACCUUGACAUGCCCAAUUCCAAGCUGAAGGGGUCCAUGGCAGCUGAGAUCAGCAUGCUCACAUCCCUCACUCGCAUAAGCCUGUACACCAACCUAUUCUGGAUGCCCCUAGACUCCUUCACCUCGCACUUCACGUCCCUCUCCAACCUUAUCGUACUUCAGCUUUACUACAACUGGUUCUACGGAUCGAUACCCUCCUACCUGCUCGCUCUCCCCAGCCUUACAAAAGUAGCCCUUUUGGGCAACUACCUCACAGGCUCCGUCCCCGUGCCCAUCUCUACCGCCCUCUCCAGGCUCGUCUUAAGCUACAACUUCCUCUCGGGCUCAGUGCCAUCUCACCCCUACAGCUCCUGUGAAGCUAUCUACAACUGUUUCGCUGACUCGUCCACAUGCACCACCACUGGCACCGUGCAAAGGAGCACAGGCUGUGCUAUAUGUGGGUCGGUAGACGGGUCGGGUACCCUGUGUGGGGGCACGGGUGUGUGUAAACCCGACGCGUCCGUGCCGCUCUUGCAGGAAAGCCCGAACCUUAUCGCCUCACCUCUCAUCAGCUUGGCUUGCGUUUAAAGCAUGUUUUUUAUGGACUGAUAUUGCAGUAUUCAUGUGAAUUAGAGCUUAUCAGUUGCAUGUUUGUCGGUCAUUUGGAGUAGUGAAGUUGGCUUGG